UCCGCUUGGCUCUGUCAAUCACUGGCCCAAACAAGAUGGCAGGCUGCAGGAGCUGGCUCUUCUUUUUAACAGUUUGUGCUGUCAGCUUGCUCGGGGCCAAAGCAGAGAUCAAAUUGAACAUUCCUGUGGGGAGGUUUUUUUCAUACGAGCUGCUGAGAGAGACUUUCCAGAACGACUUUGAACCGUUGUCAAAACUUUACUCUGGACGCUUGUAUGAUGACCCCAUGAUUUUUAAGUGCAACCUGCAGAGUUUCCCAGACCUCCCUGAGUGGCUCCGCUUCACCCAGAGGCAUCCCUUUGAUAAUGGCUUCCUGUACGGCACGCCAAUGUCCCCAGGGAAAAGUAUAAUUGAGGUCUACGCCAUCAACAAACGGAGCUAUGAAACAACCAGACAGUUAUUUGUCAUCAAAGCAGUUGCAGAAAAGAUCCUUCCCUAUCAGGCUGAGGUCUUCAUCAAGCUGAGGGAGAUUGAGAAGGUGCUGCCCUCUAGUGUCCAGGGGGAGAUAAAGCAGGAUCUACAGAAGCUGUGGGAUACUGAGGCCUUGGAGAUUGUCAACAUUACAAACGCCCUGGACCGUGGCGGCAGAGUCCCUCUCCCUCUGGCCGGACACUUUGAAGGUGUGUAUGUUAAAGUAGGGUCGGAGCAGUACUUCUCAGACUGUCUACUGAAGACGCUCACAGCCGAGCAUGAGAGACAGUGCACAGCAGGAGCCAAAGUCAAAAUCCCUGGAGGAUGUAACUUCUGCAGCAUCCCCAGUAACUGUAUCAGCUGGUGCAAGACCGAGCUGUUUGACCUGUCAAAACAGGAGCCAGCUCCACCUGCUCCCACCAUGGGCUCAGGGAUCCUGGAGGGCGCAGGCGACUUCAACCCUCCUGAGUCCCCCCCGAGCAUAGACUACUUCCCAGACUACAUAGUGACAGUGAUCGUGCCCCUGAUCCUCGCCCUGGUCCUUUUCAUCAUAUUGGCCUACGUCAUGUUUUGCAGACGAGAGGGAGUUGCAAAGAGGAAUGCAAGAACAAACCAGAUCCAGCUCUACCACCACCACACUAUCCAUGGGAACACCGACGAGCUCAGGAAUAUGGCUGGACGCCGCAGCGUUCCUCCACCUCUAUCCACUCUGCCCAUGUUUAACUACCGGACCGGGGAGGAGGCUCCACCUCUGCAGUCUGACAGCCCCAACAUCCCCCUCAUCAUGGCCCAGCAUGAUCCUUACAGUGAUACCCUCCCCAGGAAGUGAGAAGCACAAAAGAUAAAGUAUUAUUCAAGAAAUUGUUUGGUAUCAAAGCCCCACUCAGACAUGAAUCCAUACAUUUUAUUCACUCCGCUUCCUGUGACGCAGUGUUGAUUGUAAUAGUUUCGGUCCAGUUUUACUCAAUGAAAAGUCCUUCAAUUUUAGUCAAAACACUUACUUUCUUUUAACAAAUUUAAUCAUACAGAUUGUACCAUUAAUACAACUAUGGACUAUAAUCUAUCAAACCUUUAAUAAUUGCAAAAACACUGAUGAAAAUACUGAUAUAUCCCUUGUAUGAAAAGUUGAGAAAUAACAUGGAUUUUAAAUCUAGACUAACAUUGAAGUCUCGUUUUGCUUUCUGUGACAAAAAAAUACUCUUACAUUUUUUUUGCCAGUCUUAGUCUUGUCUUACCUUGCUAACAAGUUGGAACAUGACCUGGAUGUAGCC